GUAAAAUCUACUGUUGAGCGUUAACUGUGGUCAAAAUAAUACCUUUGACGGAUAAUUUGUAGAAGAAGGCGUGAUUCACAGUUACAUCGCGCGAAGCUCCUAACCGAAAUUAGAUCCAUAUUUUGAAAUUUAUGAGUACUUCCACCCAGUUUUUAAUUUGUUAGUAAUUGUUUAGGCCAGGGUUGUUACGAAGUUGGAUAUUAAGGCCAAUACGUUCCAAAACCUUUAUUUAUUCCAAGAGGAAGUGUUUAAUUUCUGAUCACAGUACUAGCUGGAAAAUACGUUUGGAUUGUAACGUAUGGAAUGAGGAUAGAGAAACGAUAGAAUAGAAAUGUGAUGUGGAGAUAUGCUCUAAAAUGGCUAUAGCCUCAGCAUAAUGAUACCUUUACGACCGCUAGCACGAGUUGUAACUCAGGUACUGUGGAUAGCGGGUGGAAGCAUUGUGAAGGCUACACUUAACGCGUAUAGAGAGUCCGUAGCUCACAAUAAUGCAAUUGGAAGUUCUGUAAUUCGUAGACAUAUGUCACCUGAAGAGGCUGUCAAAAUACUGGGACUACCAUCUACAAAAGGCAUAGCUUUAGAAGAGGUGGAACGCGCACAUCAACGUCUACGCAGCAUAAACAUGGCAUCUAAUACGUUCCAGGGGUCUCCAUACCUAGUGGAGCGAAUUGAUGCUGCACAAACUAUCCUCAAGCAACACCUUGGGAAAUCAUUGCCUUAAGGCAAUCUUGAAAAAUGAAUCUAAAAGGAAAUAACAGCUU